AUGCCUCUUGUAAAAUUCGUAACGGUUCUCCUGCUAGUCAAGGUGUGUCUCUCUGCACCUGUAGACGAUCCGAUUCGCAUUGACCUGCCAGUUUACGACCAGCCACAAGCUGGUUCUGAUGUGUUGCAAUCUCAGCCUCUGGACGCUGAAAACUAUCCUGGAGGUGACCAUUUAAAGAGUAAUGGAGGGAAUUUUGUUACAUACAAAGUGCAGGCUGCACAGAAUCUGUUGGAAAGCACGUUAAAUGCAAAGGCUAAUGUUCACCAGGGUGGACUAUUCGCAGCUCCUGUCACCACGUUGGAAACUGCCCUACAGGAAUCUGAAGGGUUCGGUAGCAAGAAAUUAUCAAUCAAGGAAAAUAUACAAGGUGUCGUGGCCGGAAUAUUUCAGCCGGAGCCUAUAGUGGAUACCAUAAGGGAGGAAGAAAAGUAUGGAAAUUCAGGAGACAAAUUCUAUAGCGCUGGUAAGGCCAUAGUUGGAGGCGCCGAGGGACUUUCGAACUUUGUCAACUCGGUUCUGGAGGUACCAGGUACAGUUUUCAAGCAGAUUGCAAGAGUCGCCACAGAGAAGCUAAAUAAUUUAGGAGGGAAACUAAUAGGUUUAUAA